AUGGUCCAUCGCCGUCGGCGGCGCCAUCCUCCUCUCGCCCAAGCACCUCGAGCUCAUCACCUUCUCCCUUGGCUACCUCGCCUCCGAGCGCGGCCCACGGCGCUUCUCGCACUGGGCGGACACCGCGAUGCCGCACAUCGUCAUCUUCCUCGCCCGGUUGCCGUGCUCAUGUCAUGGAACUUGUCGAUUGGGGCCCUCAUCACGGCGGCGAUUCUCGCUGGGAUCAUCUACGCGUGGCAUGACUUCCGCGUUGACCUCGGUGUGCCCUUCAGAGAGGACGAUCGACAGAGCAUCUAUCUGGCGGUGACAAAGAUGUAUCUGCGGGAGGGAUUUACGAUGCGUAUUCCGAUGCAGAGCGACCAUGGACAGGCUGAAGGCCAGAACAGCACAUACAGCAUCGCGUUAUUUGGAUCAUCGUACUCCUUCCCUGGUCCUUAUCAUCCCGAUUAUCUCGCGCAGACAAACAGUGUGCCGGCGGAUGCGCUCCCAUUCUCCGGCGAUUACUCGGACAUGGACAACACGAUCACUGAGACGAGGAUGUUUCAGCGGCGCCGCAUGAGCAGCGACUCGGCAUCGGAGCCCCCGUGCUCCGCGACAUCUUUCGUCUCGUAUGUGGGCUCGUACACAUUGCCGACAUCAUCGAGCUCGCAAGUCGCAGCGCUCGUCGCUCGACUUCGCGUACGACCUGAACAGUUCAUACAACAUGCUUCGUGGCAACAACAGCAGUUCGCUGUGGUGCCCGCCGAGGCUGCCCCCAGACAAGUGCACAAACUCUCCAUCUUAUGUUCAUCCGCCGCCGAUGCUGCCGUCGGACAACUCUCCGAACAUGUUCCUUCACGACAAGAGCCUCCAGCACGACGAUGCCCACCUGCACCCGCCAACGCUGCUUCCAGACGACUGGUCAUCGAUCAGCGGCCUGCAGCUUCACCCGCAAAUGCUUCUAGACGCACACGGACGUUGUGCCUUCUCAUGCAUCCUCAUCGUUGA